AAAAUUAAAAUCUGUAGGAGAAAAGAAGCAAUAUAAAAUAGGAAUUCACUAAAAAAAUCCCUGUUUGUAACUUUUUAUUAGAGAAAUAUAAUUGCAAAAAUAAGCCACAAUAUUUGCAUUGACUUUUCUUGUCUUCCUUUUCUUCGUGUUUUUCAAGCUCAAAUAAUUUGGCUGAAAGUGUUCAAACUUCAGAGUAAUUCACUCCAUCAUCUACCGAAAGCAAUAAAAAAAAAAAAUUGCUCUCUCUUUCUCUUCUCCAUUCCCAAUAGACCCUUCUCCACCACUCAUCAUCCGCAUCGUCAAUCAUGGACCCUCAAUUUCCCGCCGGGGCGUCAACGUCGAAGCGUCAGCUACAAAUCCAAGGUCCACGCCCAAACCCAUUAAAAGUCAGCAAAGACUCCCUUAGAAUAAAAAAACCGCCUCGUCCGCAACCCCAUGCCGCCGCCCCCGCAGUAGCAGCAGACCAACGCCGUCGUGAGCCGGUUGUCAUCUACGCUGUCUCACCUAAAGUCAUCCACGCCGAAGAAUCUGACUUCAUGUCAAUCGUCCAACGAUACACGGGACUUUCAUCCGGUAACUUCUCUGGCGACGGCGACGUAUCACCUGCGGCAAGGUUGGCAGCGACGGAAAAGGCGAUUCCAAGCCCAAGAGAGAAAAUAGCGGACGUGGGGGAUGGUGGGAUGGAAGAGGGUUUGAUUCGGAUGCCGCCAGGGAUACUUUCGCCGAUGCCGGGGGAGUUGCCGUCGGUGGCGACGGGAACUUUCUUUUCCCCGGCUUCGGAGGCCAGAAUGAUGUGGGCUUUGAAUGACUGGAGCCCGAUGUUCAAUGUAAGUGGGUUCAUGGCAAGCCCCUCUUCUGCAUUGCUUUCUGGGCCAUUAAUUUCUUCUCCAACUCUUUCUCCUGAUUUUUUUUGUCACAUUUGGAACCUGUAGGCAUUUUUUUUAAUUUUCUAAAUCAAAAUUUGGCUUUGGAAAUUGGGUGAUUGUAUUAUUAGAUUUAGGGGCUUCUUCUUCAAUUGCAAUGUUACUAAUGUGCCAACUUUUUA